AUGGCCGAUCCACCCACAGCGAAUUCCAAUCUCACAACCUCUCUCUACCACACCGAUCUCGGCCUCGCUGUCCUCACCUGGUCUCGCACCUUCAUCUACCACAACCUAACCAUCGACCUCCACAUAAACCACAACAACAACCACAACGAAACCAACAUUGCAUCCUUUAGCCUCCAUCUAAACCCCUGGCUCUUCUGGAAGAAACAAGGAUCCAAAACAUUCCAUCUCAACAACAACAACAAAACCCCUUCUACCACAACAAUUGAAUUCCACUGGGAUUUCACCAGAGCUAAAUUCCUUUCCGGCCCUGAACCCCACACCGGAUUCUUCAUUGCAGUCACCUUCAAUGGAGAAAUGCUAUUGCUCAUCGGCGAUUCUGACAACACUGCAUACUCCAGGACUAAAUCCCGCAAGCCUGCAAAGAACUCGUCACUGCUGAUGCGAAGAGAGCACGUGUUCGGCAACAAGGCCUACUCCACGAGGGCGAUGAUCGGCGGCAAGAUCUGCGAUAUCUUGAUUGAAUGUGGCGGUGGGGGUGGGCCACGUCACGAGCCGAGGCUGUCUAUCAGCAUCGAUGGGAAGAGGGUUUUGCAGGUGAAGCGGCUGAAGUGGAAAUUUCGUGGGAAUGAGAAAUUGGAGUAUGAUGGAGUUCCGGUGCAGGUGUGGUGGGAUGUUUAUAACUGGGUGUUUGAGGAUGCGGUGGAUGGGCAUGCGGUGUUUAUGUUUAGAUUUGAGAAGGAGUUUGGAGGGGAGGAGGAUUGUGAUAGGAAGGGAUCGGGAUCGUGGCAGGCGAUUGGGAUGGGAUUGAAUGGGUUGGAGAAGGAGAAGAUGAAGAUGAAGAGGAAGAAGAGUUUGUUGAAGACGAUGAGUUCGUCGUCUUCAUCGUCGUCGGCGUCGUCGGGGUGUAGCUCGUCUGUGAUGGAAUGGGCGAGUAUGGAGGAGAGUGAGAUGCAGAGCUCAGGUGGGUUUUCUUUGAUGGUAUAUGCUUGGAGAAGUUAG